AUGCAGACAAGUAUCCCAGCUGGCAAAAGUGAAGAGGCCAGCAGGUGUUUAGAUCGUAGUACAAUCCUCGUUCUAGAGCUGAUGGAUUGCAGUCUGAGAUCCUACUUCUCCAACCUUGAUGAAGAGUCCCUCACUAGCGAAUGUGAAAUUAGCCUCUCCAAAGACAUAGCUUGUGGUCUGUCUUACAUUCACAGCAAGCUGAUUAUCCACCGUGACCUCUGUGGUGAUAACAUCUUGCUAAAGCUUGCACAACCACUGCCUAUUGCAAAGAUUUGCGAUUUUGGCAUGUCACGGCUAUACGAUUCCACCAAGCUUAGCCACACCCUCACAGCCGUUGGUCACCGUAUGGGGUAUCUACCUAUCGAGGCUAUUCGAUUAGACGUUGAGAAAUACGAUAAUAGCCUGGAUGUGUUUUCCCUUGGGGUGAUUAUAGUGCAGAUUGUUUGCAAGCUGAAGACAAUCAAAUCAGCCAAGGAUCGAUCAGACCAUGUUGCCCAGAUCCCUCACACACACAGGUUGAGGAAGCUUAUCAACAGUUGUUUGCAAGAAGACAUGACGAAGAGACCAACUGCCAGGGACAUCUGUGAGUCUAUUAAAUAG